AUGAAUCCGAAUGGCCAGCCGGGCCAGGCGGCCCAAGGAGGACCAGCCGGCAACACCAACCCCGGCUCUCAACCAAAUGCCGGCAUUCGAAUGUUCCGACCAGAGCAGAUGCGGAACAUACCCCAACUUAGUCCGGAAGAGAAGGUCAAAUACGAGAACGGUCUCCGACAGCUCUGGGGGGCACUACAGAAUGCUGCCCCUGGCUCGCCACAGCAGAGGGAGGCUCAGAAGAAGAUAGCAGACUUCAGUCACCAGCUCGUGAACAAGAUGAGACAGCGCAUGCCGGCGAACCAAGGACAGCAGGGCCAGAACUCGCAGGCCGGAAACAGUCAGAACCCAGGCGCUGCCGAUGGGUCGGCAUCUGGGGCAGCCGGUAGCCAACCUAGUCAGGCCACGGCGACAACUGGACCAACGAGCACGCCGGCGCAGCCCCAGGGUCAGGCUCCGCGCCCGGCAUCAUCGAUCCAGCAGCACCUGGAACAGAUGACAUGGAUUCCACCACAGGAGGUGGUCGAUCAAGGACCCGAGGCAGCUGCCAAGUGGUCAGCCUCUAAUAAAGAGAAGUAUCAGAGGGCGAUGUUGCAGAUGCAGUCGACUACCGAGAGGCUUAAGAACAACGAGAAUCUGGCCAAGACUCUGUCACAGAAGGGGGCAGCCAUGACACCGGAGGAACAAAAGAGCUUCCAGAGCAUUCAGGCGCAGAAGCCUCAGGUCAUCAAGGCAUACCAAGAUGCGAAGCGGUUUGUGGAAGAGUUCCGCAAAGCUCAGACAGAGCGCAAGGCGGGUGCUCAAACCGCGAAUGCGCAGGCGAGACCACAGUCAAAUGGGGGCGUAGUGAAUGCCAAUGCGAAUCCGCCACCACGGCCAGGGCCAUCCCCACAGCAGCCCGCGGUGCCAAACAGUGUCGAUGCGGCGAAGAAUCAGCAGGCCAAUGCUGCUGGUGGAGUGACAGGUGCGAACGGCCAGACUGGGCAGCAGCAACCUCAACCACCAACGCAGCCGCCCAAAGUCACUGCCUCUGCAGCUCCCCAGGCUUCACCUGUACCCACAACACAGCCUGCCCCAGGCCCAAGCUCACAACCCAUCAAAGUCGAGCCUGGAACUCAGCAACACCCACACCCACCACCAGUCAACACUGCCAUUGCAUCUGCAUCAGCAGCGGGUGUACAGACAGCUGGCACGCCAACUCAAGUCCGCACACCACAAACUGCGACUCCAGUCACUGGUGCACCGCGAUCGCUCUCGCAUCAAGCAGCCCUCAGCCUCGCAAACCAGCGCGGCUCGCAAGCAGGUUCUCUCCCAGGCCCAGCACCCCAGCAGACCACACCGCAAGGUCCUGGUGGCACCCCUCUGAGCGCGCCAGGUGUUAUGGGCACUGUGGUACCGCAACCGGGACACCCCCACGCGCACCCCCAGACACAACAACCGCAGCCUCUCACGCAAAACUCAAAACUCCCCAUUCCCAAACAACUGCCCGAGAAGGCAGCUGCGCCCCCUCAGCCCGUGUCGCUCAGCGCUGGUGGUGUCACUCCAGGUCGACCAACCUACACAGGUGGCGGCGGCAUAGCUGGCGGUGUUAUGGGCAACCCAGUCCUUCCCAAGUUGCCCGUGGUCCAGAUGGAGGGUGAAGGCGAGCGCGUCCUCAACCGCAAGAAGCUUGACGACCUCGUCCGUCAAGUCUGCGGUGGACAGGCCGAGGGUCAGGAGGGCAAUGUCCUGACGCCUGAUGUCGAGGAGUCCAUCCUCCACCUUGCGGACACCUUUGUGGACCGCCUUUUGCACUCGGCCUGCAACAAUGCCAAGCAGCGCGGCUCCAAGGUGCUCGAGAUCCGCGACAUUCAGCUUGUUCUUGAGCGGACCUACAACAUCCGCAUCCCUGGCUACUCUUCGGAUGAGCUUCGCACGGUCCGCAAGGUCCAGCCCGCUCAGGGUUGGAUCACGAAGAUGAGCGCCAUCCAGGCUGCGAAGGUCAUGCCUGGAAAGGGCGACCUCUAG